CCUUUGCUGCUCUUUUCAUGCAAGCCAAAAAAAAAAGGUCAAUCAUUACUCAUUCAAACUCCAAUAAUGAUCCAUCCAUCCAGCCAGUAGAGAGAACUACUGAGAGCAAAAAGGUUCACCGAAGUGCUCUUCAAGCCAACCAAUAAGAAUUUAGAAGAAAAAAUUAACCAAAAAAAAAAAGUGAAAAAAAAGCAAAUAAAUCCUAUAAUUUGAUAAGAAGAGAUGAAGAUGAAAGGUGCAACAAUUGGAGGGUCUAAGAGAAGGUGUUCAUGGCCAUGCAAGGGAAAUGGAGCUGGGUUCCUUAGGGAAGAAAGAGGUAGGCUUUACAUAAUAAGAAGAUGUAUUGUUAUGCUUCUCUGCUGGCACGACUAAAACAAUAAAUAUAUAUAUAUAUAUAUGGAGAAAUCUGAAUAAAAAUCUCUACAGAUCCUGCUGCUACUUGGAAUUUAGCUACUAGUUUUAGAUUUUCUUUUAUCAUGUGUAUAUCAAAUAUAUGGAUAAUCUUUUCUUUCCCUUCCUUAUGCUCCUUGGCUUCUCCUUCUCCUUGGUAUAACAAGUUUCUCUGUGAAAUUAUGGUGAAAAUUUUAUUUUGUUAUAUUUUAAAAACUUGAUUCGGUGCUGAAUCUCUAAGUUUUAUCUUUGAUCCCAAGCUUAUAGUUGUGCUUUUCUUUACUUGCUUUUAUGGUUAGGACAUGUUAUAUUCCAUUCAUCUUCUUAUAAUAGUCACAAAGAUUUGCAUCUUAGCUUCUCGGUUGCCCCUGGAAGAAGGAAACUCAAAUUCCUCUUAGCUUCAUAGCUUAUUCUUGCAUGAUUGCUUAUACUUCAGUUUUCUCCACCAGUGCACUGGGACUGAUCAAACCCAUAACUUAAUUCGGUGUAUGCUGUGAUCCUUAAAAGUUGAUAUCUCUCAGAUUUGAAGUUCAAAUCCCAUCAGUUAAUAACUUUUUUCACUAUCCCUAAUCAGCGGUUGCUCUUGUGUGUGUAUAUAUAUAUAUAUAUAUAAACUUAACUGAUCAGUUUUUGGUUUUGGUUAAUUCUUUUUCUGAAACGGGUUUCAACUUUCAUGCUUAAGUGAAGGAAGCAAAAUCUAAUACUAAUGUCUGAUAGCUAGAUAGUAAAGAACAUCCCUAGCUACUUUUGUAUACGAAGAAAAAUCAAAAUAGAUAUUCUUAGGCUCCUCAUUGAUGAUUGAGGAUUGAUGGAAACCCAAAAAAAAUGGUUCUCCAGAAAUUGGC